UGAUUUUAUAGAAGUGUAGAGUUGUAGUUUUUGGUUUUCACGUGUGUGGGUUUAACCAUUUUGGUGCCGAUGCUGUGUGGGUAGGUGAUACAAUUUAGGUAAUUUUCUAAGGAAUUUAUUGAUCAUGGCUUCAUCUGACGAGGAGGGUGAAAUUGUGCCUGAAUGCAUAAUAGAUUACUAUUUUGUGGACUGCAAUGAUCAACCGGUUUCAUUUGUUCUUUUGCCUCUUGGAUGGGAUGGGAGUGAGGUUUCCAUGCCAUCAAGCGCCUAUCUAUUUGUACGUGGGACUGCAGAUGAUGGGUUUCAGAAAGUGUACAAGAAAGCUGUGGCAUGGAAGUUCAGGCUCUGUUUUCUCGAGCCCGUAAUUUAUGUGCUACUUCCCAGAGACAAUACCUGGGUUAAGCUGUUGAAACCUAGGAAGAGUUAUCAGGAGAUCAUCAAACCAGUCUUGACUGUUGUCCACUGCCUCCAGUUUGUGAAAUUUAACCCUCAGCAAUCUCGAGAAGCCGUGUGGAAACACAUUGUGAAAACCUUGAGUGCAUGUGAGGUUCUACCUUGUGAAGAUGAUCUGUUCAAACACAUAUCAAUACUCAGAGACACAGCACUGAGGGAUAAAGAUAUAUCAAAAUCUGAGUACUUGGCUGGAUUUCUUUCAGAGACAUCUACGGAAAGUGCUUAUGAGUCAAGGGUAAACCAAGCAAAUAAGAGACACAAAUUUAUUGUUGACGAGGAUGAUGAUGACAGUGGUGGUGGUGAUGAGGGUGAUGGAAUCUUUGAUCAUGUUUGUGCCCUUUGUGAUAAUGGGGGUGAACUUUUGUGUUGUGAAGGGAGAUGCAUACGAUCCUUCCAUCCAACUAUAGAAUCUGGUGCCGAUUCCCUUUGUGAAUCUCUUGGCUAUACUAGUAACCGUGUAGAAGCAAUUCAAACAUUUAUCUGCAAAAAUUGUCAACAUGGACUACAUCAAUGCUUUGCAUGUGGUUUAUUGGGCUUUUCUGACAGCUCUUCUGGGGCAGCUGAGGUCUUUCCUUGUGUCUCUGCAACUUGUGGUCAUUUCUUUCAUCCAAAGUGUAUCUCAAGGCUGGUCUAUCCAUCUGAUGAAAUACAAGCCAUAAAACUUGAAAAGGAAAUUGCCAAUGGAGAACAAUUUACGUGCCCUGCUCAUAAAUGUUUUAUAUGCAAUCAAGUAGAAGAUAAAAAGGUCAAUGAGUUGCAAUUUGCAGUUUGUAGACGCUGCCCGAAGGCAUAUCAUAGGAAAUGUCUGCCAAGGAGUAUUACUUUUGAGAAUAAUUUCGAGCAAAAUAUCCAGCAAAGGGCAUGGGAUGGACUUUUGCCUGGUCGUAUCUUGAUAUAUUGCAUGAAACACAAGAUGAUUCCUGAAAUUGGGACUCCAAGAAGAGAUCAUAUCUUAUUUCCUUUUGAAGCUCGAAAGGAUAAGCAGGCUUCGGGUCAACUGUCAAGCAAAGAGACUGUGCUCUCUCAAAGGAGAACUAAGGUGUUUGGAGCUAUGAGAGAAAUGGUGGAAGGUGAAGGGGACAAAUCUUUCCAGAGGUUUCCUGGUGAUUCAAUUAAAGAAGAGGGGAAACCACUCAAAGUAGCUUCAACACUGAAAAUGAGUCAAACUGUGAAGACUGUAAAUGGCAACUACAUGUGCAUCCCAAAAGAAACAUAUAAGCCUCCAAAUGUGGAGAAAAGAAAGUUCAAAGAACCAGUAAAUAUCAGGUUGGUCUCUAAGGGGCAAAACAUUAGCCAGACACGUAAUGUGGUGAAAAGAGUAAUCGUGGUGAAGGAGGACAACAGUGAAUGGCCUUCACGGGAUGAGACAGAGAAGAGUAUACGUGCUCUCGUAGAAAGCGUCGAUUCUUCUUUUGAUAAGCAUAAAUUCAUGAUGGAGCAUAAAAAGAACAGCAUUCAUACAUUUUCCUCAAAAUUCGAUGAUGUCAAGACCAUUACUGAAGCUAAGGUGGAGCGUGCUGUGAAGGCUGUUCAAGCAGCCUUGAAGAAAUUAGAUGAAGGGCACAGUAUUGAGGAUGCGAAAGCUAUCUGUGAACCUGAGGUUCUCAAAAAUAUUUUCAAAUGGAAGAAGAACCUAGGUUCCUAUCUCGCCCCUUUUCUCAAUGGCAUGCGGUAUACAUCUUUUGGUCGCCACUUCACAAAACUUGACAAAUUAAGAGAGAUUGUUAAUAGGCUCCGUUGGUAUGUACAAGAUGGAGACAUGGUUGUCGACUUUUGCUGUGGGUCAAAUGAUUUCAGCUGCCUGAUGAAAGAGGAGCUUCAAAAAAUGGGGAAAACCUGUGAAUUCAAAAAUUAUGAUCUCAUACAACCCAAGAAUGAUUUCAAUUUUGAGAAGAGGAAUUGGUUGAGUGUUGCAGUAGGAGAAUUACCUGAAGGAUCUAAACUGAUCAUGGGGCUGAAUCCACCUUUUGCCCAUGCCUACGAAUUUCUCAGAAAGGCUCUUACAUUCAAACCAAAGGUUCUCAUUGUCACUGUCCCUAAGGACACAACAAGACUUGAUGGAAGACAAGAUGGCUAUGAUAUAGUUUGGGAAGAUCAUAAAAUACUGGCUGGGAAGUCCUUUUACCUGCCUGGAUCAGUGGAUGUGAAUGACCAGCAGAUGGAGCAAUGGAACAUAACAGCACCACCAUUAUAUUUAUGGAGCCGCCCUGAUUGGACAGCCAAACACAAGGCGGUGGCUCUCGAGCACGGCCAUAUCAUCACAGAGCAGGAGCAACACCCAAAAGAAGCAGGAGAACACAGCGGUUGCAGAAAGGGAAUCACAAACUAUUUACCGGAAGAACCUCAGGACUGCUAUCCCAAAAUUUCCAAUGUUUUGAGUGGAUAUGGUGAUAUAAACACCAUGCUGGAUGAUAUUGCAGAGGGAUCUGAUGACAAUGAACAUGGAAAAACGUGGGCAUUUGAUUGUCAUAUGCAGGAAGGAGGCUUGACAAAUUAUGAAGAUGUUAAUGAAGCCGAGGAUAUGUGUGUGGACAUGGAGCUGUCUAUGCCAGACUCCCCAUUUAGUAUGCUAAAGAAAUGAAUUAAGUUCAGCUGUUCUUGUGUUUAUUACUGGUUUUAAUUAGUCUUGUUGUGCCAUAUUAAUAUUGUUACAUACAUGCUAAAACAUUGCUUGUACUUUGUAAAGAUAUUUCUCCUUAAACUUAUAGUAUGACAGAUUAGAAUGUA